AUGGGGUACAAAACUCUGUGCUUUGGGCUGACUUGUAUCCUCUUUGCUUAUUAUAUUUAUACACCAAUACCAGAAAACAUUGAAGAACCCUGGAAAGUAAGGACCAUUGAUGCUGCUAUAAAAAUAACUUCACUUAUGGCUACAUUAUUGGAAAAAAUAGGUCUUAAAAGAUUUGAUGAAUUGUUUUCCAUGUUAAUGAAACUGGACUACACACAACCAAUUUCAGAUGAAAACGUUACAGUGAUGGAUAUAACCUUUAGUGAUAUUCCAGUACGUUUGUACUUGCCUAAGAGGAAGUCAGCAAGCCAGAGACCAGCUGUAAUUUUUGUUCAUGGUGGUGCCUUUGUUUUGGGAAGUUGUAAAUUAGCAGCUUUGGACCUCCUGAAUAGACAGACGGCAAAGAAUCUUGGUGCUGUCGUUGUGGGAGUGGAUUACAGAUUAGGUCAUCAGUAUCAAUUUCCUGUUGCCCAUGAAGAUGUCGUUUCUGUGGUCAAAUUCUUUCUACAAGAUAAGAUUCUUGCAAAAUAUGGAGUGGACCCCACUCGAGUCUGUAUUUCAGGUGAUAGUGCUGGGGGUUUAAUCGCAGCGACAGUGGCUCAGCUGAUACAGAAUGAUCCAGAAUUCAAAAAUAAGCUGAAAGCACAAGCUUUAAUUUACCCCAGCUUACAGGUCAUUGAUAUCACCAUUCCUUCUCAAAAAGAAAAUGAACAUGGUCUAAUUCUGUCAAAGAAACUGGAAAUAGAACUUGCAUGCCUGUAUUUGACUCAGGAUAAAGCACUCCCCCAGGCAAUGAUGAAAAAUCAACACAUGCCUCAUGGUUCAAGGCAUCUGUUCAAGCUGGUUAACUGGAGUAUCUUCCUUCCUGAGAAGUAUAAGAAGAACCAUGUAUAUACAGAACCAAUUCUUGGAAGACUUAAUCCUUUGCAUUCAGCACUUUUGGAUAGUAGGUUAUCACCCUUGGCAGUCAAUGAUUCCCAGUUGCAAAAUUUGCCCUUAACUUACAUCCUCACCUGUCAAUAUGAUCUUAUAAGAGAUGAUGGACUUAUGUAUGUCUCACGACUUCAAAAUGUUGGAGUUAAAGUUUCUCAUGACCAUAUGGAGGAUGGAAUCCAUGGAGCUUUAUCAUUCAUGGCUUCACCAAUUAAUUUACAGCUAGGCAUUAGAAUAAAAGAUAAGUAUAUUAAUUGGCUAGAAGAAAAUCUAUAA